AUGCCACCAUCGAGCAAGGAGCUCGACCCGGCCCCGAACGCGGGCCGUGGCUGCCCCCAUGUGGGCACCACGGCAAUGGCCUUUGUUUACGGGUAUAAAACAGCAGUGCGAUACGCCCUUUGUCUCAAAGCCCGAUCCCUGCGAUAUAUACGCAAAACCUUCAAGAUCUCGACACUAAUGAACGAUGAUUCGGAAGAAGAUAUUGAAACCGAUAGCGGGAAGCGGAAGCGCGCAGAAUUAACCGUCGACGACCACAUCAAGAAACUAUCGGAGAUCCCGGCGUUUAGAUGCAAUGCUUGCAAGACCACUAAAAGUAAAAAGAGGCCACAUGUUUGCUUGUCGUGCGUGUACACGGGAUGCAGGGAAUCACACAUGCCUGCACACUUGGCGGACAACCACCAUCCCUUUGCGAUGGAUCUGCAAUCGUGUGAUGUGUGGUGCGGCUAUUGUAAGCAGUACGCCUACGAUAGAGAGCUUCGCAGGAUCUACAAAGCCGAGGCUCGGCGAAUGAUGCUAAUAAUCGCCCACGCGCUCGAGCCCAAGAUCAAGCGAAAACGGAGGGUGGCUCCUCCGACCCCGAACGCAGGCGACUUGACGUUAAUCGAAGGUCAUUCGGAACCUCAAUUGUGCUCAGGUUUACGAGGACUUGUCAACGCAGGCUCGACCUGCUAUCUCAACGCGAUCCUGCAAGCUCUGCUUCAUAACGCCGCAAUGAAAAGCUACUUCCUCACGGGCCAACACACGCGGAAGAACUGCUCCAAGCAAUACACAGACUGUUUGGUCUGUCAGGUUGAUCGUCUUUUUCAAGCCGUGUACAGCUCCGAUCCAACCCCCAUGUGCCCAUCGGACUUACUACAAGCCUUUUGGAGAAACACGCCAUCUAUGGCAGGGAACGAACAGCAAGACGCACAUGAGUUUCUCCUUGCUCUACGGCACGAACUGCAUAAAGCGUUCCAAAACUCAGCCCUUGACGCCAACGGUCGUUGCGUCUGCCCGGUGUGUCAAGUCUUUGGCGGCGAGGAACAAUCCAGUAUCAAAUGCACGGCGUGCGGACAUGUCUCGGUUACCAAGACCCCUAUGGAGGAUCUGUGUCUUUCUGUCACCACCGCCCUGGAUUCCCCUGGCGAGGGAUCGUCGCCGAGGCGUGGCAAGAAGCGGAAAACACCUUUGAGUCUCCCGGAAUUGCUUGAUCGACACACCAAACCUGAAGAAAUCGACUACCGCUGUGAAAAGUGUCAUUCCAAGGACGGUGCUAAGCGACAAGCUUCCAUUAGCGAACUUCCUCCGGUCUUUUGUGUGGCGUUCAAGCGCAUGGAGACGCGCACACGCUCGGGUCGUAUCGAAACCCAAAAAGUGGAAUGCGCCAUCACCGUCCCGAUGGAACUCGACAUGACCCCCUACACCUCCACGGGUAUCGACGUGAAGAACAGCAGCGACUCUGAUUCGGACGCUGGUACCACGUCUUCGGAGGAGAGCGAGCCCAGAGUCCCCGGGUGGAUGAGCGUCAAGCAUCAUAAUCCGGCCCACCAGUACUCGUUGAUCAGCACGGUUAUACAUAAGGGGAGCAACGCGAGUGGGCAUUAUUGGGCGCAUGCGAAGGAAUCGGGGAACUGGUACAAGUUCGACGACGUCAAUGUGUCGGAACUGCAGGAGAAAGAUAUCCAGGCUGGCAACAUAUACGUCGCCUUCUACAUCCGCAACGGGAUCGAGCACGAAUACAUCCCGCCGCCCGCGCGGCCCGCUGGUGGGGGUGGGAUCGGUGUUCCGACCCCUGCCGCCGCGCCCGAACAGAAACGGAGCAAACGCUCACGCGACGACGACGAGCCCCCGGCCGUCAAGCGCGCCAAGCUCGCCCCCGCGAAGCCUGCUGACCCGCCCCGCCCGAAACUCCUCAAGCGCCCACGCGACGACGACGGAGCCGCGGCCGCCAAACGCGCUAGGCUUAUACCCUGA